CCUUUAUUUUAUUUCAUUUCAUUUUAUUUUAUUUUAUUUUUGUAUAUUAUUAGAAAGGAAAGGAUGAAAGAAAGUAUCUCGAACGCAAAUUUCCCAAGAGAUGAAGAGGAUAGGGUAUAUCAUAUCAGUGUUAAAGUGGGAGAAGUAGCAAAUCGAGUUAUUACAGUAGGUGAUCAUGUUAGAGCAAGAAGAAUUGCAAAACUAUUGGAUUCUGAAGAAGAGUGUGGACAUCCUAUUUUCGAGAAACAAAGUCAAAGAGGAUUUUUGACAAUUACAGGAAGAUAUAAAGGUGUUCCUGUUACUAUUAUGGCCAUUGGUAUGGGCAACCCUAUGAUGGAUUUUUUUGUUCGUGAAACUCGUGCAAGUGUAGAAGGUGAAUUAGCUAUUAUUAGAUUUGGCUCAUGUGGUUCUAUCACACAUUUAGCACCACCUGGUGCUGUCAUUGUACCUAGUGCAGGUUAUUGUAUUCGACGUAAUAUUGACUAUUUUGCUGAUGAGCCCCUUUAUCCUGAAUUAAAAGACAAACCUUAUCUCUUUUCCGGUCAUUUUAAGGCAGAUGAAAAGAUGGUAGAGAUUUUAUCGAAUACACUGAAAUCGGCUAUUGGCGUCAUUGAAAGUGAAUCAGAGUAUGUAGGUCCUGUCUUGACAGGUGGUUUGAACGUGGAUGGUUGUUCUUUCUAUUCCUCUCAGGGACGCUUUGAUCCUACCUUUUGGGAUGAUAAUCAAGAUCUUUUAAAGGAAGUCGCUCUCAAGUUCCCAAAGACACAUUCUAUUGAAAUGGAAACAUCCAUGUUAUUUCAUUUAGCUCAUUGCGCUAAAGAUCCAAAGAAACCCAUUAAAGCAGCAGGAUGUAUGCAAGUCUUUGCUGACCGACUUGCUAAUGGUUUUAUUCAGCCUGAGGUCGUUGCUUUAUUAGAACCUGUGGUGGGUAAAGCAUGUUUAGAUGCCCUCAUUCAAAUUGACAUUGAAAAUGAAAUGUCUCCUGAAGGCACUGUUUGGGAAUGUAAAAAAUAAAAAUGAGAAAAUGAAAUAAAUAAAUAAAAUGAUUGUCGUAGUCAAACAACAAUGAUUACGUAAUAAUAAUACUG